GAUAGCGAGUUCGAGAUCGUUUAGCUUUUUGCACUGAUUUACGUAGUUUGUGGUUGAACACGUAGUCGUUCAAUAAUUUCAUUUGUUUGACGCGUUUUUAUUGUCAUGUUUGAUAAAAUGUAUUGCAAAAGUGUCGAUAGUCUUGACAUAACAAAUUUUGUAAUUGAAAACAACACACUUCAUGGAGUGAAAGUAGAUUUACAACUAAAGACCGAGAAUGUAGGUCAAGCUAUUUUUCAAACACUCGGUUGCAAUCUGGAGCACAUAGCUCAGGUAGAUGCAGAUACCGAUAAACGUACUACUUACGGUGAAAUGAAAGAUGAUUCGGUUCGUUGUGCGCUUUGGUUGAAAAAACAAGGAAUAGGUAGUGGUGAUGUUGUCACAAUUUGUAUGUAUGAUCACCUCGAUACUUAUAUUCCUAUCUUCGCUACGUUUUACGUCGGAGCAACGUUUAACGUCUGGAAUCACGAUGUCACGAUAAAAUCAGCUCGUCGAUUUAUAAAGCUCAUACGCCCGAAGGUUAUAUUUGUAUGGGAGGGUGUACUUGAGGUUCUCAAAGAGGCUGCUCAAUUGGAACAUUACUUUAAUGUCAAGCUUGUGGUUUUCGGAAAAAGAAUUGAAUAUGAAACUUUAGUUGAUAUUAUGGAAGAACAAUCCAGAUAUGAAAUUCAAAGUUUCUCACCAGUUGAAAUAUCUGAUCCCCAAAACACUGUAGCUAUGAUUGCCUUAUCAUCCGAUGGUCCUGUAAAAGGCGUGGAUCAUUCCUAUAAAUCUUUGCUUGAAAAUUCAAUUCUAUUCGCACCUAUGCCUGCUGAUAAAGUAUCUUUAUCAUAUGCAAGUCCAUAUUUGGUCUCAUAUAUCGCUUUAAUAAUUAAAACGACUUUAUGUCAAGGAACAAGGAUCAUUCAUAGAAAUUUUAAUCCAAAACAUACUUGUAAAGUUAUUAACGAAUACGAGAUUCGCUUGCUAUUAGCAUCGCCGACUAUGAUCAAUUACAUAUAUAAAUCAAAUGCUUUGGAUAAGUACAAGUUAGAGUCCUUGCAAUACGUUUUGAUUUCGGGAUCGAAAGUCAAUUCUACAAUAUAUAAAAAAUUUAAACAAAAGCUACCUCAUGCACUAAUUGUACAAGGCUACGGCUUGAUAGAAACGUUGAGGUGUGUAGCUAUUCAAACCAAGAAAUGUAAAUCUGAUGAUUCUAUCGGAUUCGUAGGACCAAAUGUUAGUUUGAAAGUUGUGAAUUUAACAACCGGGAAAGCUGUUGAGCCAAAUGUAGAAGGAGAACUUUGUGUAAAAAUGCCAGACCUAUUUUGUGGCUAUUACAAGAAUUCAAUAAGAACCAAAGAAUUAUUCGAUAAUGAAGGUUGGUUACAUACUGAUGAUUUGGCUUAUUACGAUGACGGCGGGGAAAUAUUUAUCGUUGAUAGAUUAAAGGAUAAGAUUAUUGUGAAAUUCGAUAAUGAACGAAUUUCUGCAAGCGAAAUCGAAGAAAUUUUAUUGACUCAUCCAGGUGUAACCGAGGUUGCUGUGGUUCCGAAACCCCACGACAUUCAUGGAGAACACGCAGUUGCAUUUGUCAGACGAACUUCAGGAUUACAAGUAUCCGAGAACGAGCUUAUCGAACUAUCUGCUUCAUUCGGCAGACACAGAAAAUUACACGGUGGAGUAAAGUUCAUAGAAAAUAUACCAAAAACAGCAGGGGGCAAAGUAUCUUCAAACAAAUUGAAAAAAAUGGCACAUCUACUGGCUUUGGAACGCUGAAAAUUGUGCAUAAAAAAAUAACUAAGAAAGUUGAUACUUGUCUAACAUAAGGCACUUGAAGUUCUAUUUUGACAGCGUUAAA